GAACACCAAUGUAACAAGAAAUGUCCAAGUGAUGAACCCAAUAAAGCACCUUUGUGGUCUCGAAAGCUCAGCCGGAGCGUUUGUGCAUCCAAGUGGCUAUCAACAGCCAAGCCUCGCUGUCCUUCCCAGAGUUGGGAACAGAAGAGCCCCACGGCCAUCCAGCUGAAACCACAAGCAGGACUAUGGCGACCCAGGAAGCCACUCCAGGCAGCCAGUCCGAGGAGAGCAGUGCCUUGGAUUUGCCAACAGUUUAUGACAUAAGAGAUUAUGUGCUGCAGAGACCCCACCAAGAGGCCGACAGUGAGGCUUUUAGUUCUGUAGAAGCCCUUUCUAGUCCUUGCUCUUCUGAUGCAGAUCCAGAUACCAGUAACCUAAAUUCUGAACAAAAUGAUUCCUGGACCUCUGAGAACUUCUGGCUGGACCCUUCUGUGAAGGGCCAGGUGAAGACCAAGGCAGAGGAUGAUGGGCUUCGGAAAUCCCUGGAUAGAUUCUAUGAAGUGUUUGGCUGUCCACAGCCGGCCUCUGGAAAUGCACUCUCCGCAGCAGUCUGCCAGUGCCUGUCUCAGAAAAUCAACGAACUGAAGGGCCAGGAGAGCCGAAAGUAUGCCCUCCGCAGUUUCCAAAUGGCCCGGGUCAUCUUCAACCGGGAUGGCUGCUCGGUCUUACAGAGGCAUUCCAGGGAUGUCCACUUCUACCCAUCGGGAGAAGGAAGUGUGUCUCUGGAUGAUGAAAAGCCAACCCCAGGACUUUCAAAAGAUAUCAUUCAUUUCCUCUUGCAGCAGAAUGUGAUGAAAGACCUCUAAGUAGUGCCUGGUGGUAAGAGCAGGCAGUGUGGAGGGUGGUCUGGUGGCCAACGCUGUUAGAGCACACCCACUUCCCCUCCAGCCCCUCUUGCCGGCUCUGUGUGUCCAGCCCCCUGUGUGUCUGGCCCCUGUGUCCACACCAUCUCCCACCCCACCCUACCACUCCCUUUGACUUAAGGCCAGUGACUGACUGAUUGUGGAGCCCAGAAGCACAUCUUCCUUGCCCCAAGGAAGGAAGGACAUGCUCUGAGGCAUAAAUUACUCUCCAGAGCUCCCCUCUGGAUCAGGCCAAGACUGGGACUUCACACGAAAUCACUCCCUCGCUCAGUACCUGCCGUUUCCCUGUCCUCCCAUUCAUCUACUGGUGUCUCCCAGGGGCCUUUCCUUAAUAUAUCUCUUGUACCUGGAUCCUUGACUCAGAGUCUACUUCUGGGAGAACCCAACCUAAGGGAACAGGCUUUCUUUGUUACAUGAGUUUUUUAAAGGAUUUAAAGCUCUGCGCCAAAGCAAGUAUAAGAAUUAUACCAAGUUGUAGAACUGAGACCAUGUGACUGCGCAUGUAUUUCCCAAAAUAACAUAAAGAUUUAAAUACUGUUCCCAAAAGUGCAUCACAUCUUCCUCAUACCCUUGCCUCUCCAAAGCCAGAAUUCUAACAGGGUGUGGAAGGAACAUUUGGAUCAUCUAAAAUCAGAGCUAAGAUUUGCAAAGUCAAAGAAGGGGGGGCGGGGCUCUCGGUCUCCACCAGAUUGCCAGCGUGGAAGGUGUGAAGAAAACAAAUGUGCGCCACCUACCGAAGGACGCGCCGCGAGGCUGACGGGACGCGGCCUUGGCAGUUUGUGGUGGAAGAGAGUAAGGAAUCCUUUGCCCAAGUGGACCCCUCCCUGUCAUUUUUGCCUUCUGCCUGUACCCUCUGUCACCCUCUGAACAGUUGGCCCCUCACCCCUGUCCCGUCCUUGCUCCGCCAGGGAGUGGCUUUAAAUAGCCGGCGCCGCCUUGCGCUGGCAGAGGCCCUGCUCCACGGCCGGCCGUGUCCUGAAACCCCCCUUUGAGACUCGGGUGGUAGAAUGACGUCACCUGGCACCGAGCUCUUGGAAGCUGUAACUGGAGGCCUCGUGCUAAUCCCUGCCUCGACAACCCUUCAAAUAAAUUACAUUGGCAGAAAGAGGGCUAUCGUUUGGGGGAACAACAAGAUGAGGCUGGCAACACUGUGCAGUUAGAUUUUGAGAAACUCGAGGUGAAAUUUCAUUGGCCUAAGGCUCCAUAAGCUUGCCAGAAAGCGGAGUUUGCAAACGGAUAGGCCUCGAGGCACGCAUGAAGAGUGAGUGAGCCCUCUCAGGCAGGUCUCUUGGGGACUCUCCGAGCAAGAGUGGGGAUUUUGCUUGAAAGGUCAGGGAUUACAUACCAAGGCUUCCAGUGCCGGGAAGAGCAGAGGUAAGAAACAGUGUUUCACACUGCAGUGCAGAAGCCCCUUGGAAGAGACCUAAAUGAUAGGAACUAGGAAAUGGGGAGGUCUCUGAGAGAUACUGAAGGAAACAAGACUCGGCAUUUUCCUCUGACAAGCAAUCAUGUGAGUCUCUCCCCAGGAGCUUCUCCUAUGCAACACCCCCAAAUUACUCGUAAACCAGUGGGCCUUACAAUUGAAAAUGUGCAGGUUGAAUUUUAAGGUCCGUAGUUUUAUUGUUUUUUAAGGUGGAGCAAAUUAAUAGACGCAGCUGAAGAAUGCUGUAGAUUUCAGAAUUAUUCAUUCACUGAAAGGAAUAUUGGAGAUUAGUUUCCAUGGCCACCAACAGAAGGAAACUGGAUUAUUUUAUACUGUUUUUAUAACACAGAAGAUGGAAGCUAUUCCAAUCUCCAUGCCGGAAGCAGCCGCUUCUGUUUGGCACCGAGAUUUUAGUAUUGGUAAUUUUGUAACCUUUAUUAUUAUCAGUGCUGAGGGUGCUCAGUAAAAAGAGGUAGAUCCUGAAACCAGAGCAUUUAAAAACCUGGAAGGCAAACACAACUCACGGUGGAGGAAAAAAAAAAAAAAAAAAAAGGAAGAAAAGAGUGUGGUGUGUGUUUGCUUGUAUCUGAGUAAGUGCUUGUGACAGGUCAGUACAAGAUAUUUGAUUCCCUGCAGUCUCGCUCUCUAAUUUGAUCUUCACAACGUCGGGAUGGCAUUUUCCAUUUAUCCCUGUUUACCUUUAAUAAAGACUAAGAGAUAAGGGUGUUAA